AUGAUAGAACAUUAUAUUGAUGUUAAAAAUGAAUCUAUAAAUGGAUCUAUUCAGAACAUUAUAGAAAUAUUGAAGGAAAUGGAGAUAUUUAAAAGUAAUGUUGAAGAAGAGUUACAUAUUAUACUUAGUAAUAAUAAAUAUUUAGAAACUGAAUUAAGAAAUAGUACCGAGAUGUGUACAUACUGGAAAGGACGAUAUGAAUCAUGCUUAGCUUCACUUAGAAAUUUAAAUAAUGAAAUAUUAGUAUUAAAAAAUAAUCAAAGUAUGAAACAAGAUAAAGUAAAGAUGAUAAAAGGGAUAAAGUGUAAAAAGUGUGGUAAUGAUAUAGCUGAUAUAAAUUUGAAUACUAGUGAAUAUAAAGAUGAUUCUUAUAAUUUAGAGGUUAAUGAUAUUACAAAAAACAUUUUCUAUAUAACAAAUAUACUUGCCAAUGCUGUUUUGAUUGAUAAUUCUACAGAUAACAAUAUAUCAGAUUUAGAAGAUAAUUUAAAUUCUAAAUUAAAAGAAUUUGAACUUAAAAAUCAUACUAAUGAAGUAUUAAUUGACGAUCUAAAACAUAAAAUAAAUUUAAGGGAUCAGAGUAUAAUACAAUUACAGAGAGAAAUAGGAUUAUUAAAAGCACCAAAUAUUGUAAAAUCACAUAUACCAGACUUUACUAUAAAUAUAAAUACAAAAUUGGAUAAUUUUGAGAUUGAAUAUAAUGAAGUUUCAGUACAAACAGAUUCAGAUUGUAAUAAUUACUUAUUAAAUAAUAUUUCAGAAGAUAUGAAGUUGAAUAUCUUAGAAGAAAUAGAAAAUAAUAGAUUUAAAUAUAUUAAAACAGAAGAUAUGGUUUUAAAUUUAGAAUCCAAUAAUAAAGAAUCGGAAUCUGGAUAUAAAGAAGAUUUUUCGGACAAAUUUAAUUUAAUUGAAAAGAGACAUGAAUUAUCUGUAUUUGAUAAACCUGAAAAUUUAGAAUCUGAAUCAAUAGGAAUGAAUGAGAUUUCAUUUAAAUCAGAUGAAUUAAAUAUGAACAAAUUAGAAUGUUUAGUUUUAAAUAAUAAAGAUGAUGAUUGUUUAUCUGGAUUAUCAAAUUUACUAUAUAUUCAAUAUUCAAUAUCACAAGAUUCAGUUAUAGAUGAAUUUCAAAAGACUAAUUUUGUAGAAUCUAGAGAGGAAGAAUUAGAUAGUAAUAUUAAGAUGGAUAAUAAAAUUGAUCUAAAUGAAAAUGAAGAGUUUGAAUUAUAUGGUAAUAAUAUUAAAAUUGGUAAUGAUAUAGAAAUAAGGAAUAAUAUGAAAGAGAUUCAUAACGCAUUAGAUAUUUUAGUAGAUGGAGUUAAUAAUAAUAAUAAAUCAGAAGUGAUAUUAAAUAAGAAUGAUAAGUAUAAUAGAGAUAAUAAUACUAGUCAAUCAAUCUUUUCAUCUUUUUUGGAUGAUUUUAUGAAUCAUAUAUCUAAUACUUUAGAGGAGAAUAUAAAUCAUCCAAUAGAAAAAGAAAUAUCUUAUGAUAAUAAGCUAAAUAAAGAUAUAUACUCAAAUAAGAUUAUUCCUGAUAUUACAUCUAAAGCAUCAUCUGCACUUUCAGCAAUAUCAUCAGUUAUAUCUUCUGCAAUUCCACAAAUAAAUAAUCAAUGGGAUAAUAAUAGCCUUUUAUUUGAUAAUAAAGAUGAACAUAUAUUAACAAACAAUGAUGGAUUUUCUAAAGAUAUUGAUAGUAUAGAAUUCCCUGAGGAAUAUAACAAUAAAUUAUAUAUAGAUUCUGUAAUUUCGGAGUCUAAUAAAGUAAAAUGUUCUGAAGAAGAUGAAAUAAUAAAGGAUAAUAAUCAUGAAUGGGAUUUUGAUGAUAAUUGGAGUAUUUCAAGUAGUGAUAAGGAUAAAUCUGACAAUAAUAAAGAAAAGAAUAUAGAAGUAUGUAGUUCAUCAAAAUUACAAUUAAUUAGUGAACAAUUUAGAAUUAAUGAUACUAAUAAUAAAGUCUUAACUGAUAAUAAUUUGUCUGAAAAUGAUAUAAUUGAGAAUCAGGAUUUAAAUAAUAGUGGUUGGGAUGAUAUUGAAUUUGAUGAUUGGAAUAUUAGAGAAGAUAAUCAAAUAAUAAAUUUAAAUAAGGAUAUUAAUUUGAAUGAUGUACAUAAAUCAGAAAUAUCUGACUCUUAUAUGGACAAUAUAAUUAUUAAUGAGAAUAUGGAUAAAUAUGAUAAAUUAGAAGUUAACAUAGAUAAACAAAGUGAAAUUUUGGGAGAAAAUAAAUUAGAGGAUAUUAAAUAUAUACCUAAUGAUAAAGGUUCAAUAUCUGAGGUUUUUGGAACAAAAGUAGAAGUAGAUUUAUCAGAUUAUAAUGAAACUAAAAUAAUAGAAAAUUUUAAUAUUGAUAAAUAUGAAGAAAUGAGUGUGGAUUCUAAAUCUGAUUUUAUUAGGGGACAUAAUUUAUCUAUUAAUCAAGAUAUUUCAGAAAUAAAUUCUAAUAAUGAAUUGACUAAAGAUGAAAAUUUUACAAUAGAUAGUUUGGGAUUAUUUUUAGAUAAAAAUGAAGGUAUUAAUACAGAAAAUAAUGAUUUAUCUUUAAAGCAAGAUAUAGAGAAGCUUGUAAUUAAUGUUGAAGAUUUGGAAGAUAAUACUAAGUAUAAGAGUAGAGUAAAUAUAUAUAAUAAUAUGGAAUAUAUAGAUAUAGCUGAACCAAUAUUAAUAAUGGAUAAUCCAGAGUAUUCCAAUAAUAUUUCAUCUUCUAAACAGAAAACUUGUGAUAUUAGUUUAAAUUAUAAUGUGAUGGAUAAUCUGAAUAAUAAAGAAAAAAAGGAUUUAUCUUUUCUAAUAUCAAAAGAGAUGAAAUAUGAAGAGUUAAGUGAAACAAGAGAUAAUUUAAAUUCAUUUGAUAAAAUUGGAUCAGAUAUUUGUAAUGGUACAGAAAUAUCUCAUUCUGUUCUUGAUAGUAGCGUUAAAAAUGUAAUUAAUGAUAUUGAAAAUAAAAAUAAAGAGCCUCUACUUUUUAAUCAAAAAGAAGAUAGUAACAAAGUUGAGUUACAGUAUGAACUUACUAGGUCUUUGGAUAUUAACAAUAAGGAUCAUCAAGAAAAGGACGUUAAUAUUAUAACUACAAAUAUUAACAAGGAUAGUGAAGAAAAGGAUGUUAAUAUUAUAACUGCAAAUAAUGAUAAUAUUGAUUUUGAAAAUAAUGUAUCUGUUUUUAAAAAUAAUCUAACGAACUCUCUAAAUUCUUCAGAAUCUAUUUUAAACUGUAGUAAUAAGAAAAAUGAAGAUGAUAUUUUAGAUACAUGGGGACAUAGUAAUUGGAAUAACGAACCACUUAAUAUAUUAGAUAAAAAUAGAAUUGAUCUAUUAGAACAAGAUAUUGAAAUUUUCAAGACUCAUGAAAUAGAUCAUUAUAAAAUAAAUGAUUUGAGUAAUAAUUUGGAUAGUGAAAGUAUAAAGUUGAGUGAAUACCAAAACCAAAAGGAACAUGAAUUAGAUAAAAAGACCCAAUUUGAAAAUAUAACUUAUGAAGGGAACUAUAUUCAUCAAAUUGACAAUAUAGAGAAUCAUAUAGAGGUGGAUAAAUUAAGUAAUAAUAACUUAAACAUAUUACCAGACCAAUAUUCUAACAAAGAUUUUGAAAAUAAGAAUAAUAAAGAAUAUAAUAUAUUAAAAAAUAAUAGAGCUCAUUUCAAUUCUUUAACAGACGAGUGUAAAAAUAAGGAUUUGUUAUCACUAAAUAAUUCUGAAAAUUCUCAGGAUGAUCAUCUUAAUAAUUUACAUAAUUAUUCGGAUAGUGAUGUUUUUGAAUCUGAAAUUGAAAGGGGGAGAAAACAAGAAUAUAGUAGAGAAGAUAUAAUAGAUAUACCCAAAUUUAAUAAAGAAGUUUCCGAAAAACAGAAUGAAUUAAUUCAUGAGGAUGAUAUUAGUGAAUUAUUAAGUCAUAAUAAAGAGGAAUAUAACAAUAUUAUUGAUCAUGAUUAUGGCUUUAGUCCUAUUCAUAUUCAAGAUUUUAAACGAAUAGAUGAAGCUCAUUCUGAAAUUAGUAAUAUGUUAGAUUUUGGAGAUUCUGUAUGGGGAUGCAAUAAUUUUGACUCAGAAAGUGAUAAGGAAUCUCAACAUUCUGAAAAAGUGGAUUUAAGUGUCUCUGAGUAUCAAAGUAAUAUUGAAGGUGAUAGAAAAUUAAAAAAUGAUCAUUUUAAAGGAGAUGUAUGUGCUAGUAAAAUAGGGAUCCAAGACCAAGGCACUACUACUUUAUAUAAUCAACAGCUUAUAACAAAUCAAAUUUCAUGGGAUAGUUGGAGUAGUGAUGUUAAUGAAGAUGACAACCAAAGUAAUAGUGAAUGUUUAGCUAAUACUAGAUCUUUUGGAAAGCAAAGUGAUAUAAAUAUCAAUAGUUUAGAAUAUAAUCAACAAAGUGGUUUAAAAGUAUCCCCAUCUUCACUUAGAUUAUCAAUUAAUCAAACUAGUUACGUCGAAUGUGGAAAAUUAAAUAGUCAUAUACAUAAUAAACAAAGUGAGAAUCAAGAAAUUUUAGAUUGGGAUUUAGAUAAGUGGAGUGAUAAUAAUAGUUCAAAUGGAAAAAAUACUGAAAAUGAAGUUGAAGAUAGAAAUUUAACUUAUUCAAGUAAAGAAGUAAAGGAGAUAUCUUGGGAUGAUGACUGUUGGAUUGAUGAAUCUUCACUGGAUAGUGAUUGCAUGAAGGAUUGUGUAGAAUAUCAGGGAACAUUGAGAACUAAUGUGAAUACAAGCAAUUAA